AUGUCGUUGAACGUUGCGCAUCACCCAAGUGGAGCCGGAGUUGUCGUUUUCGCCGGGGAAUACAUUAUUUUGUACUGCUCCGGAGUGAACUUUUCGGCAGAGGGUGGAGACAACCCAGUUAUGCGGGGAUCAAAGACAGGGAAGCUGUACUUGACGACUCAUCGGCUCAUAUUCCUCACUGACAAAAAGACGGACGGGCUGCGAUCUUUCUCCUGUCCGUUCUCAACUCUGCGAAAUGUGGAGCUGGAACAGCCGGUGUUUGGUGCGAACCACAUCAAAGGGUCCGUGAAGUCCGAGCCAAAUGGCGGCUGGACCGGCGAGGCCCGCUUGAAGCUGGCCUUCAAACAUGGCGGAGCCAUAGAUUUUGGCAAGGCUAUGCUCGAGGCUGCCAAGAUGAGUUCCCGAUACGCUGCAGAGAAGAAAGAUGAUCCGCCGCCGUCGUACGACUGGUCCGUGGGCCCUGGUGGCGGUCCGGGGUUGGCCACUGCGCCCCCGGCUUACUACGAAGUACCGAAUCCGAAUGGAAUGUACGGUUGGAUGCCGCCGUACGGCGCCUUUCCGGAACGGCCCGAGCCCAGCUCCGUGUACAUGAUGCAAGCCCCGCCGCCGUAUCCGGGCAUUGGCGGCUACGCGAGUCAGCCGCCACCGCCGACCGAAAUCGGCUUUGUGGACCCCUCGACGAACAUGGUGUAUGCCUCGGCUCGUCCCUAUGCUGAGACUCCACAGAGUUCUUCAGAGUCGAACCUUGAUGUAGUGACAUCAUUUGUCCUGGCACAUUUUGUGGCACUAAGCAAGGGUAUCUCUGAAUUUGGCGGUUUGUAUGAGAGGAAUGUUCUGGAGAGAGUAUCUACUGUAGGGAUAGUUGUUGUUGUUGUUUGUCGUUGUUCCGUCGCGUGUGCGAUGAUGAGCGGAAAGGAGGAGCCUGGGCUCCAAGAGCAAUUUGAGUGUGCGGUGCGUGUUAUUCGUGGACUCCCGAAGGAAGGACCCUACGUUCCGUCCCAUGAGUUGCAGCUUCGGUUCUACGCGCAUUUCAAGCAGGCGACGGAGGGUUCCUGUCCCGGAUCCCGCCCGAGGAUGUGGGAGCCCGUCAAGCGGGCCAAGUGGGACGCUUGGAACGGCCUGGGCCACAUGUCCAAGGACGACGCCAUGCGGGAGUAUGUCAAGGAUCUCCUCGCGAUCGUGGAGACUAUGUCCUUCACGGAUAACGUCGCCGACUUCCUGGCCGCGAUGGGGCCACUCGUCCAGUACGUCGACCUGAGCAAGGUGUUGGGUGAACAAGCGACUGAAGUGACCUUGCAGGGGGAAACGGCUUCAUCGCAAGUCCCGAGUCUUUCUCAUCACUCCUCGUCGGAAGCCUUUUUCAGCCAACAAGAGGAAGAAAGAGAGGAAGACGAUUGGUCCACACCCGUAUCUUCCACGUGUUCUUCUUCAUCCGCCGCGGAUCCUCUGGAAGACGAACACGAAUCAGGCGACCGGUUGAAGAAAAAACUCUUGCUUCCGCAUCGCGAAACCGUGGCAACGAAGGCAAAGGCCUCGGCUGUCAAAGAGGCGUCUCCGAGGAGACGAGGCAAGACUUGUUGUAGCUGCAAGGAUAUUUUGGAGCGAAUGCGACGAGACGUGGCGGUGCUGAGUGAACGUGUCCAGAAUGUGGAGUUGGAACAGAAUAAGUCGCGAAAGUCGUUGGAAUCGGGUGCCGCCCUUCACAGAGCUCAGACAUUGCCACAGAGCGAAUCUGGAGCUAUUGGAGGAAAUGGACGAGGAUGGUCUUAUUCGUUGGUGUUGGUGUUGCGGAGAUUCGUUGCUGGCAAGGGCCCAGUGCUUGCAGCGCUUUUUAUGUGGCCCGUGGUGCUUCAAGUGGCUGUUCUGAUAUUUGUUCGCUUUUACUUUUUGCGGUGA